AUGCCAAUUGUUCCGAAGAUGGAGGGCGGACGGCAUUCCGCCGCUACGGCCACUUCCCUAUCCAUCAACCUCAGCCAUGGCGUCCAAGACACUUGGUUUCCGGACACAGUGCUUCCCACUAACGCCCCGCUGCCAAUCAAAAUCGGCUGUAAAGACUGCAGCACCAACGGCACUCUAAGCCUCCUACAGGGCGAGUGGAGCGUCCUUUCCACGGUCGACUGGUUUGGAGCAAAGAAUCUGACGGAUAUUAUCUCUGCCGGAAAUGUACAGCUGGGCAUUGAGGGAUUCGUUGCGCACGUGGAGAUCCAGAUCGAGCCCAGCCUCAAGGGGGACAUGAGUCUGCCCUUGUUUACGAUCCCAGUUUUCGGAUUCACGAUUCCGGAGCUUGGCUCCGGUGGGAUUCUCGUCGAGCCGACAUUGUCCUUGGGGUGGGAACUGUCUGGAGGCAUUGAAAUGUCCUAUGGCUUUGAGUUGAAGAUCCCAAACCUCGAGGUCUACCUGGAUUUUGCAGAUCCGACCUCAUCUAGUGUGACAGGGCUCGAUGGCAUCUCCAUCACCGACGUCCCUUUCCAAGCCAACAUCUCCGACAUCGAUCUCUCUCUCAGCCUCUCUCUGACGCCACGAAUCACCCUCGGCGUAGAAAUCCUAGACAGUCUGUCUGCUGAAGUGGGCACAUCCUUUGACCUCCCCAAGGCCACUGUCGUCAUCACCCAGCUGGCCACGGACUCGGUAAAUGCCAGUUGUGCAAAUUCGAGCGAGGCGCCCGCCUACCAGGCGGACUUUGAAGACCUGUUUCACAGCCUGACGCACGUCGCCAUGGGCGUCGAGUUGGGCGUGGGCUUGGACAUGAGUGCCGAAGUCGACCUGUUUCCCCAUCUUGACUUUUCCAGCUCUUUGGAACUGGCGACCGUGCCUGUGGCUGCACUUCCAACGCGAUGUUUGGCGUUCCAGACCGAGGCACCAUCAGGCCCGGGCUUUACACCGGCGGUAUCGGCGCUUGCACAGGUACAGGCUCAAGCUCUGGCUUCUGCCUCUGCCUCUGCUUCUUCUGUCUCUGCUGCCUCUGCGGCGGCUGCGUCUGCCGCCGCCACAAAGCAGAGUCAGUCAGGAGGGUCGAGUGGGCAGGGUGGAGAAGCCAAUUCCGUCGUAAAUGUGGCAUCAGGUUCCAUGGGUACUUGGCUCAAUUCUCGGACACAAAGUGCGUGCUUCUAUGCUUUUUUCAUUGUGGCUGGCGUCUUCAUGAGUCUGUAA